CAGAGGGGCGGGGCGAACAACCCGGAAGUUGACAUCACUAGCCCAACACCCCGAAACUCGGCGUGACUUGAAUCACGUAUCAAAAUGCCCAGGAAGAUAGCAUGCGCCGGUAAGUUAAUAAUAAACUGAUUGCCUCCACAAAGGAGGGAUCGUCUGUUUGUUUUAAUAGCACAUAGGCGGAAGUUAGAAACUUACAGCAUUAAUUCCUUUUGGGAUGCAUCAUUGCCGCGGGCAUUUUUGCUGAUGAAAAAGUCCACUUUGUCCACCGGGCGUCUUGACUGGCGACAUGAGACUACUUGUGGUCUACUUGGUUGGGCUCUCACUGGCAGUCCCGGUGCGCGCGCAGGACCAGAUCCAGAUCCAAUUCCAGACCGACCCGGUCCUGGUGCUUAGCGGCGGCGAGAUCCAGUUGACGGUGCUGACCGUGCCGGACGUGCUCUCCAUGACGUGGCUGUACGAGGGUGUGACGCUGGGCCUGUUUGUCGGCGGCUCCCCCGAAAUCAACGACGUGGCUCAGUUCCGCGGCCGCCUCGCCAUCACGUCCACUCGGCUGAGCAUCGCGAGCGCCCGGCUGGGGGACGCCGGCACCUACGCGGUGGAGGUGGUCCCGCUCGCCUCCACGGGCCUGACGCCAAACUCCAGAUCGGUGCCUCUCAGGGUUUUUGACGGCGUGUCCGGGGUGGCGCUCUCCGUGCCUUCGGUGGCGACGGAAGGAGGGAACAUCACGCUGACGUGCACCUCGGGUGGCACGGAGCUCACCUUCCAGUGGGGUAAGGACGGCGCCGCCAUCGCGGAAGACGGCAGGAUCACCGUCGCCGCUGGAUCGCUGGUCAUCAACCCGGGUCGGCGCGGCGACGCCGGCGAUUACACCUGCACCGUCAGCAACCCAGUCAGCGCGCUCGCCGCCACGCGCAGUCUCACCGUCUUCUAUGGACCCGACACCCCAGUCCUGACCAAGGACGCCCCCAAAGACUGCGUGGGCAGCGCCGACGUUUUGGCGGGCCAGACCUUGCGUCUCAACUGCCUGUCGGACUCGCUGCCCCCCGCCCUCUUCACGUGGCGACGCGACGGCGAGCCGGUGGCGUCGGCGCAGCCCGACAGCGGCGCGCUCAGCGUACGGACGUCGUCCGCGGACGACAGCGGAAGCUACUCGUGCACCGCCCGCAACUCUGUCACGGGCGGCGAAUCGGAGCGGGCCACCGACGUGUCCGUGGAAAACCUUUGUUUGGACGUCGGCGAGGUGGUGGGCAUCGUGAUCGGCAGCUUGCUGCUGCUGCUCAUCCUGGUGCUGCUCGUCGUGCUGCUGGUGUGUCUCGUGCUCAGGAGACGCUGUAAGCGGCCUUUGGAUUCGCUUCCCAAUGACUUUCGCGACAACGGCGGGGAGAAGAAGCCGUCACGGUCCGGAAGAACCGCGCCGAUCCUCCGGGAGCUGCCCCCAGGUCCCGACCCCCCCGUCUUUGGAUCCGUCGACGCCGCCCAGCGUCGGAAACCCCCCGACCUGCGGCCACCGCAGGCGAACGGCUGGCGGCAAAACGCCCUCGUCGAGGCCACGCGCGACGCGGCCUCCUACCCGCUCGACGGCGUCGACAACCCGACGUUGGCGCGGCGGACCGAUUCCAACAUCGUCAUCCGGACCGAAGGCGACGGCCGGCCGGCGGGAGUCCGGCUGAGCCUGACGCAGGCCUCCCAGCGGAACGCGCAGAUGCCCACCAUUCACGUCAACCUCAACUCCUUCCCUCAGCCGGAAGCCGCUCAGGCUGCCCGUCGAGUCACGGAGGCGGGGCGGUCCAGUCCCAGGAUGCAAGGCGGGCCGGCACCCCGAAGACGCCAAGACACAGACUUACCAACGAGAAGUCGGCGCCACACCCCCCCGUCAGCAGAUGCCGUGGGAUCUUCUGAGGGGGACGCCGGCGUAUCCCGGCGGGACCCUUCAGAGGGGACCGACCUCCGAAACUACAGACUACACCAACCGACCACCUUUGGCGGCAAGUCAAACACAGCCACCGGGGCGAAAUCCUUUUAG